AAUCAUAUAUUUGUAACGGCGGUCCAAAGCGCGCACCCGUCAGCGGAGCAGAGGAGAGGACAGAAGGCGGCAGAAAGACAAAUAACGCCCAAUUAACCGAUUUUCCUGAAGCCCCGCACACAAAAUACAGCCAGGAUGUCAGAGGAAAAGCCAAAGGAGGGAGUAAAGACUGAGAACGAUCACAUCAACCUAAAGGUUGCAGGGCAAGAUGGGUCGGUGGUCCAGUUCAAAAUCAAAAGACACACACCGCUCAGCAAACUAAUGAAGGCGUACUGUGAACGACAGGGUCUCGCAAUAAGGCAGAUCAGGUUCAGGUUUGAUGGCCAGCCUAUCAAUGAGACGGAUACACCUGCACAGCUGGAGAUGGAAGAUGAAGACACCAUAGAUGUUUUCCAGCAGCAGACAGGCGGGCACUGCUAAGCCCUCACCACCUCAUCGACGGCCACCUUCAGACCACGCCCUCAGCCACCUUCACUGUCCCUCCCCUCCCCAUCGCUCCUCUCAGCCUGUUAUUAUUAUUAUUAUUAAUAUUAUUAUUAUUUCUUCAGUUUAAAGAUGUCUGUCAUGGUUUUCUCGUCAGGUGUGUCGGGGGAGGGGGCUCCUCAGCUGUUUAUGUACUGUCUCAGCCAGGAUUGAACUUUUGUGCGUGUCAACAGUCACUCCGCCGGCUAAUCAGGACAACAUUUCCGUCUGGCACCGCAGGCAGUGAUUGGACCAACAGCGCGUCACAGCUGUUCCUGGUUUGUCAGUGCUUCUCAUUCACUCUCCAGUGAAAGCUUAGUAUCCAGUAGUUUGUCACGGUUUUCAUCCAUCAGGGGUCGAAUGCGAAGGCUCUGCAAGUUUUUGUCCGGGGGUCACAGUCAGUUGGGCAUGAAAAUGUUUUGAAGUGGAAGCACGAUCUGAACUUAAUACACACCUGCCUUCCAUUUCACUUCGCUUUCGUGUUUGUUUGUUUUUUCUUGUCUGAACAGUGACUCCUGUUCUUCUGUCAAAAAAGGUAUUUUAAUUCUCUCUGCAUUUUAGGUGCUUUUGCUAAAGAGUUCUGCAAUGUUUUUGUAUUUUUUUGAAAUUUUUUUUCUUAAGAAUUAACACCCAGGGGGCUUGUUGAUUUGUUUUUCUGUACAGAAGUAUCAGAGUGGAUGUUAGAUAAAAGUUGUGGGGCUUGGACCAAUACUCCAAAGACCGAACUUCUAUUUCAUAUUUGAUGUACUUGGAUCACUCUAAAACUGCAAGGUCAAAACUGUCACAUUUUAAGGGAGUUUGUAUUUCAUUAAUGUUAUUUGCUUCCUCUUUGACUUCUACUAAUAGAGAGGUUCUCUGUGGGUAUGCGUGGUACAGACUAUUAUUCGCUCAUACAGACAAAUGCCUGUUCGGGGGAGGGAAAUUUAAUUCAUCCUUUGUUGGAGUUGGUUGGGUUCUGGCUGUGUAAGGGUAGUUUGACGUGGAAGACAUAACUUUUGUUUUCUUUCCCUAUUUGCGAUAAAGUGGCCAGUGGCCUGUCCCUACGGUGUUCUUACAAGCGGCUCUGCUUGUGGGUUUUACAUUUUGGGGGGUGAACGUAGAGGGUGGGCUGCGGGUGUGGAUAACUGGAAGGUGGUUCCUUAACACUGUUUUGGGAUCAGCUGUCUCAUCUCUGUAUUGUCCUUGCGAGUGUAGGCUGAUGGGACAGCUGAUUCUAGACAUGUGUUGAAUUGGAGCAGCUUCCAGUUUGAGCAAAGAUGCCCAGUGUGAGUCAGUAUGUUUUUGUUAACACAAUUUGAAGACACUUUUCACCGCUGUGUCAACUAUCGAGCUGUUUUCUCGUGUAUAAAGAGCAGGUCAUUUGUUCAAAACCCCGACUUCAGUGAUGCAAACAGCGGCAGUAUGUUAAGUGGUGAUGAGUGUCUCCAAUAUUUAACAGUUCGGAGAAGGAUGCAUGCAGUUUGUUGCAUAUCGGGAGGGCAGAGAGGCCAACCAAUGGAGUUUGGGAGAUAAGUGUUCUGUACCCACAGGGCCCCGUUCUUCAUACGCAGAAAACCGAGUUGGCUUGAUUUGAUUGUCGAUGGUCUGACAUGAGCUUGGAUUUUCAGUUCAGUCUGGAUAAAAAUGCAAGAGUUGUUGGAGCGCGUAGUCCUCGCGCUCAAAGCCUGUGAAACUGCAAGCUCAUUCAGAGUGAGUUGGAUCAUGACAACACUUUUCAGUUACCUGAUUUUAAUUACAUUUUCAGAUGAGGCUUUCCUUUUUUACGAGGCACUAUUGGUUCAUGUUGUUGUAACUGAACAGGGGAGUAGUCAUACAAAACAAAAAAUAAAACCAAUGCAUUAAAAAACACAAAAAACCCUUUAAUUUGGCUCAGUAUGAACCCCACAGUUAUUUUGACAGUUGCAAUAUUAAUUCUUGCAUUAUACCGUAUUUACAGUGAUGCAACACAAGCUCCAGUUGCAAGUAAUCUUUAAAAUGUUUCCAUAAGCUUAAGUGUAGUUUUCCCAGCCACAUUAGAAAGGUUAAUUUUAAACGGUAAUUAGUUAACGACAUGUUCAGCUCUAUAUUUGUAUGUGUUCUACUUAAAAGUUAAUCCCAACAGCUUAACAGUUUUAAUUGAAUAUUUAUCACGAGUGUUUGAAAGAGCUUCACUGUACUGCUUUUGCUGUUUGAAUUAAUACUGUCCUCUCUGGCUCAAAUCAGUCUAAAAAUAAACUUUAUUUAAGGAUCCCCAACUCUCAUCCUUCCCGCAGUCAUUCAUCAACAAGCAUUAAAACUCUUGAGGAUGUGCCUCUGCACAAGCCAAGUCACAAGUAGCGAACCGGUUUUAGCUUUCCUGUUUCACAAAAUAAGAGCACAGUUUUCAACACAGCCUUCCACUUGCACUUGAAGAACCGAGAUAGCCGGGCAAGGAUCUUUUGAGCUGGCUAACAUUCGAGCUAAGUCAUGUAAAUGUAUGAAGAACGGGGCCCACGUCUUGUCAUGUUAUUUGUUUCUCUACUGAUUUGUACAUUAUUUGUGGUCUUUUACUACUGUAUACAAUAAAUAUAGUUUGGUACUCAGA